AAACUGUUGAGAGUUGGUAAAGUCUAAAGCUAGGUUGUGGACCUUGCUUGUAAUCUUAGACUACAAACUAGAUUGAAUCAUACCUAGGUGUGGGUGGUUAAUCUAGUGCUUUUGAGUGUGAAAAUAUGAAUGAAAAAGUGGAUUUCUAAAAUCGUUUCUAUGGUUGAAUAAAGAGAGAAAGUUGACUAACCUAAAAGAGAGUGAAAAUUACAACAAAAACUCAAAGGCUCAUAUCAUUCAUCAUCCAUCACAGAUUCUCAGAUUCUCAAAAUCGAUUCAAUAUAAUUUUCAUAGAGCCACAUUCAACAAAAACCAGAAAGUUGUAAUGGAGUCACGUGAUUCUUACGAUCUUAGAUCGAUAGAUUUGGAAUCUCAAAGAGUUAUUGAUUUUGCAAAUGCUGAACAUGAGCGACAGACGUUUAAUGGAGCUGAAGCAUCUAAAUCUCGAAGAAAGCCAUCCAUUGAGAUUGAAGAUGAUGAUGAUGUUGAUAGAGAAAAGUCACCACCACAAAAGAAGAGAAGUAAGUCUCAUGAAAGAUCUAAACCUAGUAGAAAGCCAUCCAUUGAGAUUGACGGUGAUGAUGUCGACAAAGAAACGUCACCACCACAGAAGAAGAGAAGGCAGUCUCGUGAUGAUAAUGAUGAAGAUGGUGAUGAUGAGGGUGAUGAUGAUGGUGACGAUGGAAAAUCAUCACCAAAGAAAAAGAGGAGGCAGUAUUCAGACGUGUGGGAACACUUUACCGUGAUUACUAAAAAAGAUAAAAAAGGGGAAAAAGAAGAAAGAGCAAUGUGCAAGCAUUGUAAGAACGAUUAUGCAUAUAAUCCAUACAAAAACGGUACAAAUUCAUACCGACGUCAUUUGGAGGUGUGUAAGCUUAGGAUUAGAAGUGGUGAUAUUGGUAAAAUGAUGAUCAAUUCAGAAGCGAGGUUGCAAGCUAGGAAGACUUUAAGUAUGAUUACUUUUAGUUUGGUUUGA